AUAACAUGUUUGUGUAUUGACUGUAUCAAUGAUGUUAUUGGAAACAAACCAAUCCUCGAAAAUGUUUGCUCCACCACAAGUUUUGACUCUGAACUCAUCACACUUUUCUCUACAAAUUCUCAAGGAAAAAAUUGUAAAUCAAGCUUGGAAGGUGUUUGGCAGUUUGGUUAUCGAUUAUCUCAUCUAGCAGCCGGUGAAUGUUUCAAUGCUGAAUCACAGAUUAAAGCUUGUCAGAAACCUGGAAAUCAAUUUUCCAUUGUAAAUCAACAAUUUACAAUGAUUUAUAAGUCAUGGGAAGAAAAUGACCUUAAAGAAAUUCAGUACAAAUGUCUUGGUGAUUGGUAUGUAGGAAAAAAUCAUUAUUUUGCAGUCCUUAACUCGCGAGAAUCUCGACGUUCUGAGGCUUAUCGUUGUUUCUUAAAUAAUCGAGAUGAUACCAAUCACAUUGCUGUUUCAACUACGGCUGAAUGUAACGUCCUGAGGACACCUCAACAAGGACCAGAGAGGCUAACCCUACAUCCAGUUAAAGCAGCAACUGUUGUCCCAUCUUGUCAGCUUCCAGACGGAAUGAGAGGAGAGUGGAUUAAAGCCAAUCUUGAUGCUCUUGUUAAGAUCAAUUCAACCCAUAUGGAGGAGCGCUGGAGACCAGAUAUUGGUACAGAAAAGGAAGAGAUUUAUGUUUGUCAUCAGAAGAAAGGUUCACGAUACGUAAUGGCUCGUUUAGGUAUCAAUGGAUGUCGAAAAGAUUUCGUUUGUUUUGAUUUUGCCACUCCUCAAUCCAAUGUGAUCCGUUAUCGAAAAGGCCAAGCCAUGAGCUCAGAUCAAUUUGGGACAAUUUGUGCUUGGACUAACUUUGAUGACGAUGAAGAAUGGAAAUACGAUAUUCUUCUAGCAGCCAAACCAGUUGCCAUUAAAUGUCCAGUGGCAGGUAAAUUCCGUUUCACACAAAAAGGAGAGAUUCCUUUCACAACCAGAAUUCGUGGUGGAGUGACCCAAAGUCCAAGAAGUACUAUUGUAUGUAAAGAAAAGAUAUCUGAUAUUUCUGUUUGUGAUACUGAUCAGAAAUUAAUGGAAAUUGAUGCAGAAUAUUGCAUCAGUGUUGAUCAUCGAGGAACAGCAGUUGACUAUCAAAGUGAUCCUGACCAUAGAAUGAAAUGCAUUGGAUUUUGGAAGGAAGAUCUGAAAUCAUAUUUAAUUACUUAUGAUGAAAUGGAUGCUUAUAGCAGAUAUAGAUGCUGGGUUUAUCAAAGAAGUGACCUUAAUCGUGUUUUGAUGUCUAUGUCAGUUGGAACUUUUUGUCAUGGUAAACAACGAGUUGACUCAUGGAAUUCAUCUGAAGGUGCUCAAGUAUCACUUGAUAUGAUUGAAUAUGAGCGUGAACAUGAUGAAUGUUCUAUGUACUUCAAUGAUGGAUCAAACUUGUAUUCAACGGAAAAAGACAGUGCCAUUAUUUUAUAAGGUUACACGGGUAAAGCCACAGUUUUUAUGCCAUUAUGAAUAAGAAAGAUGAAACUGAAGAUUUAACUAUUUUUUUCCUUUUCUUUUUCUAAUAUUUAGAUUGCUUUGGAUUUCCAACUGGUGGGAGACACUUUCCUGUUCGGAAAUGAUGAACUUUGUCUAAUAAAGUCUAAUGUCUGAGGUGAAUGUCUAUCCUUUAUAUGUCUAAUAAAGGAUUUUCCUAGUAAUUCCACUGGUUCCAAUUUUUGAUAAUUAUUGACUAUGAUUAAUCUAUGAUCAGUGA